AUGGAGCACAACAAGGUUGAUACAGAGCUUCAAGAUUCAUACGAUAAUCAACAAAAAUGGGUUCUUGAUUCUUCUACCGAUAGUAGAGGACAGAUUCCGCUUCGGUCUAGAACCGGAGCUUGGAGAGCUGCACUCUUCAUCAUUGGUAUCGAAUUCAGCGAGAGGCUAAGUUACUUUGGGAUCUCCACGAACUUAGUGGUCUACUUGACGACCAUUCUUCACCAAGAUCUCAAGAUGGCCGUAAAAAAUGCAAACUACUGGUCUGGUGUCACUACUCUGAUGCCUCUUCUUGGAGGCUUCGUCGCCGAUGCGUAUCUCGGCCGUUAUGCAGCUGUCCUACUUGCUACCACCGUUUACCUUAUGGGCUUGAUACUGUUAACAUUAUCUUGGUUUAUACCGGGAUUGGAAGCUUGUCAUGAAGACAUGUGUGUUGAGCCAAGGAAAGCCCACGAGAUAGCCUUCUUCAUUGCAAUCUACUUAAUUUCCAUAGGCACUGGAGGUCAUAAGCCAUCCCUUGAGAGCUUUGGAGCUGACCAAUUCGAAGAUGGCCAUUCGGAAGAACGAAAGAUGAAAAUGUCUUACUUUAACUGGUGGACUGCUGGUCUAUGCGCUGGUAUUUUAACCGCGGUGACUGUAAUCGUCUAUAUCGAAGACCGGAUUGGUUGGGGUGUGGCUGGUAUCAUACUCACAAUAGUCAUGGCCACUUCGUUUUUUAUCUUCCUUAUUGGUAGACCAUUUUACCGUUAUAGAGCACCUUCCGGUAGCCCAUUGACCCCAAUCUUGCAAGUCUUUGUGGCCGCCAUUGCCAAAAGGCAUCUUCGUUGUCCCAGUGAUUCUUCUCUUCUUCAUGAGUUAACUAAAGAAGAGUAUACUAAAGGCCGGCUUCUUUCCAGCACAAAGAAUCUUAAAUUUCUCGACAAAGCAGCGGUUAUGGAGGACCGAAACGAGAAUACUAAAGUCGAGAAGCAGAGUCCAUGGAGACUCGCAACGGUUACAAAAGUGGAAGAAGUUAAGCUACUCAUCAACAUGAUUCCAAUCUGGUUCUUUACAUUAGCCUUUGGAGUAUGCGCCACUCAAAGUGCAACACUGUUCAUCAAACAAGCCAUAAUAAUGGACCGACACAUCAUCGGGACAAGCUUCAUAGUUCCUCCAGCUUCAUUGUUUUCUCUCGUGGCUAUCUCCAUAAUCAUCACCGUAACAAUCUACGAUAAACUCCUCGUGCCUCUUUUGAGACGCGCCACAGGAAACGAAAGAGGAAUUAGCAUUCUACAAAGAAUCGGGACCGGUAUGUUUUUCUCCUUAAUCGCCAUGAUCAUUGCUGCUCUAGUUGAGAAAAAGAGAUUGGAUUAUACUACGGAACAUCACAUGAGUAAGACCAUGACCUUGAGUGCUACAUGGUUAGCUCCUCAAUUCUUAGUCUUAGGAAUUGCGGACGCUUUUACUCUUGUGGGUCUUCAAGAAUAUUUCUACGACCAAGUCCCAGAUUCAAUGAGAAGCUUAGGCAUAGCGUUUUACCUCAGCGUGCUUGGAGCGGCUAGCUUUAUCAACAAUCUUUUGAUAACGGUUAGUGAUCAUCUAUCCGAAGAAAUUUCCGGAGAGGGCUGGUUCGGGAAAGACCUUAACAGCAGCCGCUUGGACUGCUUUUACUGGCUGCUAGCCGCUUUGACAGCUGCAAAUAUGUGCUUCUUUGUGAUCGUGGCCAUGAGAUACACUUACAAGAGAUUGCAGCCAAGUCUGGCUGCUCUUGCUGACGGCGGUGAUGACUAA